UAUGCUAUAAGACAAGUGGAUGCCAGAAGCUUGGUUCUGGCAGAGAUCUUGUCGCCCGCUCACAUUUGUGGCCAUUACCUUUCUCGAUCGAUUUUCCUGGUCAUAACACCCUUGAAACCAUGACGGACAAAAAGGAAGAGUAUCGAGGCGAGAGAAACCUGGCUGCCGAUGGCUCCAAGGUUAUAGACGAGAAGGAAGUAGAAGAUGUAAACCCGGCAUUUGCAGCAAUGAUAGCGAAGCACAAGCCAAAUCCUUGGGGAAAAGGCCACCUUCAAUUGUAUGCUUUGGCAGCUGUGUGCUUUCUUAACAGUACUAUGAGUGGGUUCGAUAGUUCUUUGAUGGGGUCCAUCAACGCUCUGCCCAACUUCACUGAUUACUAUGGACUUCCCCAUAGCGGAACUCUCUCUACGGGCAUCGUCUUUGCCAUAUUUCAAAUUGGCCAGAUGUGCGCAUCUCUUUUUGUAUGGAUAGCAGACUGGCUGGGUCGAAAGCGUCUGAUAUUCAUCGGAACGAUCGGUGUGAUUCUGGGCACGAUCGUCACCUCGACGGCCAAAUCCUUAUCGGUGUUCAUCGGGGGACGGUUCCUACUGAGCUUCUUUGCGCAGCUCGCUUGUGCUGCGUCUCCAUUGUACCUCGUGGAAGUUGCUCCACCCCAGUAUCGUGGCACACUUGCUGGUCUAUACAAUACGUUUUAUUAUUUCGGAUCUAUUUUGGCCACUUCAUCCGUCUAUGGCGCACAUAAGCACCUAUCGCACUCGAAUCUUGACUGGCGCUUACCGUUAUGGCUUCAGAUGGUCUGCCCCGGACUUGUGAGUCUAGUUAUUCUGUUCUUCCCGGAAUCGCCCAGGUGGCUUGUAGGCAAAGACCGCUACGAUGAGGCCCGAGAUUUCCUGGUGAAAUACCACGCAAACGGAGAACCAGAUCAUCCACUUGUCGCCCUAGAGAUGGCUGAGAUGCGCGAGUCUCUUGGCAAGGACCCCGUUACGCAUUGGCGAAACUUUUUUGACUUAUCAGUAUUGUUCAAAACUAGAGCAAGGCGAUACCGCACUAUGCUGAACGUGAGUUUCGCGUGGUUUGGGCAAUUUUCCGGAAAUAACGUUGUCUCGUACUAUUUGCCGUACCUCCUAACGAACGUGGGAAUUACGAACACUGACACUAAGCUGCUUCUCAAUAUCAUGUACUCUCUUGUCGGGUGGAUUUUCGCCACUGUCGGUGCCCGCCUCCACGACGUUGUUGGCAGACGUCGAAUGCUCUUGGGAGCUACAGCAGGUCUUGUCGUCGCGCUUUCGAUCACUGCAGGAACGGCAGCUGGCUAUGUCAACACGGGAUCCAAAACCAGCUCGAACGCCUCGAUUGCCUUCAUCUUCAUCUUUGGAGCUAUCUUUGCUUUUGCUUUUACGCCGAUGCAGCCAAUCUACCCCGCAGAAGUGAUGUCGAACGACAUGCGCGCGAAAGGGAUGGGCACUUAUAAGAUAUCAGGUGGGAUAUCAGGCUUCAUCAACACUUUUGCAGCUCCAAUUGCUCUAGCUAAGAUUGGGUAUUGGUUCUAUGUCUUCUUCGUAUUCUGGGACAUAUUCGAGUUUGCAUUCAUGUACUUCUUCUUUGUUGAAACGAAAGGAUCGACUUUGGAAGAGUUGGAUGAUAUAUUCGAGGCAAAGAAUCCAAGAAAAGCUAGCACGCAGAAGAAGAAGGUGAAGGUGAGGACGGUUCUGCGGGAUGAUGGUAAAGUGGAGGAUGAGGUUAUUGGAAAGGUCGAAGUAUAA